GAAAUGAAUACAUCCUUAACCUUUUUAACAUGACGAAUCCAAUUCUCGGUGCUUCGAUGGUCGUUGGACCUGUGCUCGGGUAUUUUGAUCAAAUAAGAAAAUUCCGAGCAACAAGAUCAAGUUCCGGAUUCUCUUUGGAUACACCCGGGAUCUUAUUAAUUAGCAGGUUAACAUCUACAUCAUACGCAUCUAUUUCUGGAAGAAGAUUUGAUAUUACACUCCUUUAUCAGAGUAUUGCAAUGAUAUCCGUUCAAAUAUGGCUUCUUUUUGAAUGCAUCCGAUUUCGAAUUCCAACUUCAUCGAUCAACAAUCGACGCCGUUGGUUUUGGAACUGGUACACCUUUGAGCCUUACAUGGUUUGUUUGGCCUCAUUGGUCGCGAUGUUGAGCGCACUUGGCAUUGAGAGCACGGUUCCCAUGCCGCAAGCGUGGCAAAAUUAUAAAAACAAAUCGGUGAUAGGAUUUAGGUGGGCGAGGACAUCCGUCUGA